GAGUUAAUGAUAUCUGAUCAAAAUAAAGAAAUGUAUACACUUAAAAACCAAACAGGUAUAAUGAUUAGGAAUUAAUCGGUAACAAUUUGUUUCAAUAUAAAUCUGCCAGUGAUUCAGUAACGUCGUGAAGUGUCGUGAAACGUUGAAGGCAACGCUCCCUGUGGAUUUGAUGAAAACAUAUCAGGCGAAUGCAAUAGCCUGUGCUGCGAGAAUAGACUAGACCGACGAGUCGAUCUGGCUGGGUAAACAACAGUGGACGCCUCGAAGAGGCAGGAAUGGGGACUUCAUCGAGGGCCCUGGUGACAAAUGAAAUGGAAUUUGUGUUUUAUACAGAAAUCUGUAUGUCUGGUGUGCGAUAUAUUUUGUAACGUCAGCGUGUUAAAUACAGCCACAUAGAGGUAGGGAAAAUUGCAAGUAUAUUUUCUGUGUUCUCUACUGAUGUGUAACGUUGCUAUUUCCACGGGCCCACUUCGAUUUUGUGUUGUCAGUUUCACAACCCGGUUACUGUCGCGAUUUACUUUUGCCUUUUUUCUUUUUUACUUCCAAUGCAUUUGCACUUCAAAGGGAGACAUAAAAUAACACUGAAGUCCGUCGCCAAGAGAAUAAGCAUCCAGCCUAGUGAGCGUACUGAGCUGAGGCCCAGAUUUCCACCCUGCCUGAGUCAUGCACUGCCAGGAAUGGGCAACAAAACAAACGCUAUACAACUGACUCAGCCCAAGGCCUCGAUUCAGUUGCUCUUGCAAACAUGCCACGCUCCACCUUUCUCAUCAUGCACCACAGGAUAGCAAGUUUCACCAGUACUUUCCACAGGGUCUAGGAUUGUUGCGGUGCUACCAAUGGAACUAUAGGAGCUGGUGGAAGUGUUCUGGCGAUUGUGUCUGUGUGGACCAGGCACAAUGAAGAGUGAGUUGCCCUCUGAGGCCCAGGGCAGACAGGAGCACCUGAAGGGACCGCUGGCCAACCCAGAGCCCAUUGAGACCGCCAAGAGCUUCCCUGACAACAUGGAGGUAAUUGGCAAGGCAGGGAGUGAGUUUGCACCACUUUGUGCCGAGACCAGGCACCGGUCCCUGAGGGACACAGGGGCCCGCAGAGACACAGACAGGGUCCUGCCGGGACGUAAAAAGCGCAAGAGCCAACAGGCAGGUCCCUCAGACUGCACCCUGAAGGAGGGUCGGAUCGGUGAGGAUUCUCUGCCCCCUCAGCAUCACCGAACAGAACUCAUAGAGCAUCAGAGCGAGGAUGAACGCAACCCGGAGUCCUCGUUUAGUGACUGUGCCUCUUCCCCCUCCUCUAGCUUGCGCUUCGGGGACUCUGACACUAUGAGCUCAGAGGAAGAGGUGGAGGCAGGAGGGGCGGGAGCAGCACUUGGACAACACAAGGCUCCUGUCUCCACCACAGAGGGUGGGGCUGGGACAGGGGUUGGGCUGCGCACCAUACUUGGUCGGACUCGGGGAACCCGUUCUCAUAAGUGGGUGCGGUCAGAGACUGAGCCCGUGCUGCUCAAGCGUCCCUGUCUGAGUGGACGCCGUCCGCUGCACAGAAAGCGCUUUGUGAAGGCAGGUCCCGGUGGAACACAGCGGACUCAGAAACAGAAGGAGCGCCUGCUGCUACAGAGGAAGAAGCGUGAGGUGAUCGCUCGCCGGAAGUAUGCACUUCUCCACAGCACCAGCAGCUCUAGUGAGGAGCUGACCGGUGAUUCGUCCUCAGCCUCAUCCACAGAGGCAGAGGAUGAGCUGUAUGUGGAUGUCAGCAGCAGCAGCAGUCAGCCUGGCAGCGCAGCUGUGGCCACAGGUGCUCUAGACGAGGAUGUGGUGGUGAUUGAGGCGACCCCUGCAACCGCUGUCCCAGCUAGCGAAGAGAUCAAUGUCACCUCCACUGACAGUGAGGUCGAGAUUGUCACUGUCGGUGAUGGCUUCAGGCCUCGAUCUGUCGGGGGGCAUGGCAGGAUGCACUGGGGCCCCAGCUGCUCUCAGAACCGGCCCCAAGAGUUGCGUGGCCGCCACCGUCUCUCCACAGUCAUCCAGCCGCUGCGGCAGAGCGCUGGUGAGGUGGUGGACCUCACCGUGGACGAGGACGAUCUCUCUGUAGUGCCAACCACCUCUGACAGCUUUCACCCGCAGACUGUCAGCUCGUCCUCUUCAUUCUCCCAUCAUGCCUCUACCUCAGAGCCCCACGAUGCCCCAGGACCCUCCACUAGCUGCCCCGGUCCUGGCCCAGUCCCUGACAGCACCCUGGCACAGGGGCCUAGUGGCAGUGCGGGCACAAUCACAGAGGACGAGAGCAGAAGAGGCCCGUCCAGCGUUUCAGGAGAAAGUGGUGGCACGGCCAUGCCAAGGUUACCCUCCUGCUGCCCCCAGCACUCCCCCUGCGGGGGCCCCUCCCCUGGUCACAUGACCCUGGGCCACUCCCACUCCAGCUGCCUCCAGGCCCAGCCCUCCCAGCAGCCGACCUCCCAGCCGAACAGUCACGGCCACGCCCACCACUUCCACCAUCACCAUCACCACACACCCCAGCACCCGCCCCCACCCACUCUGCCUUUCUCUGAGCCCAGCUGCCCCCUAGAAAGGCCCACAGCCCUGCCUGCACCCUGUGGAGGGGGAGGUGUCAGCAGCUCCAGCCAGUACCAUGACCAGCAGACACUGCCGGUGGACCUGAGCAGCAGUGGUGUGCGGAGUAGUGGGGCUGGUGGUUUACAUGGCACUUCAGCCUUUGAUCCAUGCUGCCCCGGCUCCAUGUCCCGGCCCCCUGCCUACAACCCCCAGAAUUCAAUGGGGCCAGGGCCCAGCCAGCCCAGCCCAGUGGUGGAUUCGUUCAGCUCAGCCAUGGUGGCCCAGCCACAGCCCCAGCCACAGCUGUCCACCUGCAGGCACUACAUGCACCCCUCCUAUGGACCCCUGGCACGCUCCCUGCACCAUCAGCCCUCUAACUCCUGCCCCCACUCCCACGGCAACCCUCCUCUCACUCCCCAGCCCCCUCCGCAGGGCGACUACGUCAUCCCUCACCCGGUUCAUCCCUUCCACACACCACUGCCUUCCCACCCCUCCGGCCACGCCGUGCCCCCGCCGGCACCUCUGCCCGCCCACCACCUCUCAGGAUCCAAUGCCCCUCUGCCCCAGCACCUGCCGGCAGACCAUCAGGCCCUGCAGCACCACAUGCCCGCGCUGGGGACCUCGGUGCAGAGACUGCACCAGCAUGAGAUGCUGCAGCGGAUGGAGGUCCAGAGACGCAGGAUGAUGCAACACCCUACACGAGCACACGAGCGCCCCCCUCCACACCCUCACAGAAUGCACCCCAACUACGGCCAUGGGCACCACAUCCACGUGCCCCAGACCAUGUCGUCCCACCCACGGCAGCCUGAGCAGAGGACUGCAUGGGAACUGGGUAUCGAGGCUGGAGUGACCGUGGCUCCGUAUACUUCUGGACAUCUACACCCUCACCUGCCCCACUACCACCCACCACCUAGGCUGCACCACUUCCCCAUCCCCUUCAUGCACACUGGCAUGUCUGAAGUGACCUACCCGCACAUUCGCUACAUCUCAUCCAGAAUGACUGGAUUUGGACGAACUUAUGAGGAUCUGCUGCAUUUAGAGGAGAGAUUGGGGACCGUGAACCGAGGGGCCUCUCAGGGAACUAUAGAGAGGUGCACUUACCCACACAAGUACAAAAAGAAGGUGUUGGAGACUGAGAGAGACAUUGACCAACAGUUAACCCCUGAAGCAUGGGCAACUAUUGGAAAAAAUAUGCACGCAACCUCAGCCUCGAGAAAGCUCCAUGGUAAGCAAGAUGAAGAUGAGGGGGCGGAUGAAGACACAGAGGAGAAAUGCACCAUCUGUCUGUCAAUACUGGAGGAAGGGGAGGACGUCAGACGUCUACCUUGUAUGCACCUCUUCCAUCAGCUGUGUGUGGAUCAGUGGCUCCUCACCAAUAAGAAGUGCCCCAUCUGCAGAGUGGACAUCGAGGCGCAGUUGUCUGCCGUUGAAAGUUGAUGCUGUUUUUCUAACAAUCCUUUUGUUGGAAUUUUCUUUCAUUGUUUAAUGUUUUACUUUUUCUUCAGUACCGCAGUCAACCAAAGAUGGCAUGAAUUACCUGCGCAGAUCCAGUAUGAUAAAAAAAUAAAUUAAAAAAAAACACCAGACAAAAAAAGCAUUGAGCCUAGAGUGCCAGCUAUCACAGUACAAUACUGCUAGAAUUUACAUCUCCAUUAAGGAUUUCAGAUGUUAUUGUAUUUAUAAAGCUUUUAUGUAGCUUUUGAUCGUUUCCUCAAGUGUCAUUUUCUUUUUUUUUGCAUGGUUCCUCGCAAUGCAUUUCUUUGCACAUAUAUUGUGGUCUUCUCAUGGCCUAACAACUUGCAGGUGAGGAUAACAUGAGCUGCUCUAGUAAAGAAGCAUUUCUGUAUACCUAAUGCCUUGCUUUACUGGAAUAGAAUGUCAACCUCCAUUUAAAAAAAAAAAAAAGACAUUGCAGGACUCAUUUUACCAAUCAUUGUAUUGAUUAGUUUUAGACAAUGUGGUUUGCUAGUGAAAGAUGUUUUUUUAAGGAGAUCACAACAUUCCUUAAUUAGGAAAAUAUCAUGUUAAACAGAUCAGCUGCUGUAUUCGUGUUCACCCAGUAUUUUGAGUGGGAAUAAACUCAAACUUCACCUCAACUACCAGAAAAUGCACAUGCUUGUCUGCCAUUUUACACUCCCCUGCACCAAAUUGAUUUGACCAAGCACCACAUUGAUUUGACCAAGCACCACAUUGUUUUGAUUAAACACCAUUCAUGCAUCUAAUGUAUUUUAGAGAAAAAGAAAAUGAAUGUCACAUCUGUCUCGACUGUUCUUUUUCACUGGAAUAAUCUGCUGAGGGUACAGUCUCUGUUUAGAUUUCCCAACCAAGACAGGCCACAAACUGGGUUCUAUAUGGGGAUCUCAGGCCCACAGAUGGUAAACUGGGUUCUAUAUGGGGAUCUCAGGCCCACAGAUGGUAAACUGGGUUCUAUAUGGGGAUCUCAGGCCUACAGAUGAUAAACUGGGUUCUAUAUGGGGAUCUCAGGCCACAGAUGGUAAACUGGGUUCUAUAUGGGGAUCUCAGGCCCACAGAUGCAACUAGUUUCACAUGAGCCUACAUCCUGCGGAUAUCUGUUGUUUGGAAGCUAGGAACAGCCUUGGUUUAUCCUUGCUUGUCAUUUAUCCCUGUUUCUUUUUUCAGAGGGAAAUACACAGCACUCAGCUCAGAAUAAUAAAGUAGCUGAUUAUUCUCUCAAUGUUCUGCAGCCAUCCCUUUUCUUGCUGCCAUGGAAAAGAUAACACUAAUAUUAUUCUCGACUAGCUAACUUGCAUAUACUUGCACAGGAGAGAAAAAACGGGAGUGCUGUGAAGUUGACAGUGCGUUGAGGCCAUGUAUUUCCACUCUGAUUGCAGAAUUUUGGACAGAAAAAAAAGAAACUGUAAUAAUUUCGAAUGGAGUGUUGGAAUGCAGUACUUAUGGCAGGUAUCCAUGCAUUCAUAGACUUAAUGGCACCAGGAUGAUAUUCCAUGGGAUUUAUAUUAGUUUUAAAAUAAUAUUAAUAAAGUUAGAUAACUCUU